UCGCGCGGACCUUCUUCGGGGGGUUCGGUGCCCCCUCCCCCUUUCCCGGGGUCUGGGGGUGACAUUGCACCGCGCCCCUCGCGGGGUCGCGUCGCCACCCUGCACGGACUCCCAGCUGGAGCACCGUUCCCAUUCGCCUCCCUGGGCCAGGUCUCCACCCCGCCGUCAGCUGCCCGACCAUGGGGGCCGCAGUGUUUUUCGGAUGCACUUUCGUCGCGUUCGGCCCGGCCUUUGCGCUGUUCCUGAUUACAGUGGCUGGGGACCCACUUCGCGUCAUCAUCCUGGUCGCGGGGGCAUUUUUCUGGCUGGUCUCUCUGCUCUUGGCCUCUGUGGUCUGGUUCAUCUUGGUCCAUGUGACUGACCGGUCAGAUGCCCGGCUCCAGUAUGGUCUUCUGAUUUUUGGUGCUGCAGUCUCUGUCCUUCUGCAGGAGGUGUUCCGGUUUGCUUACUACAAGCUGCUUAAGAAGGCAGAUGAGGGGUUAGCAUCACUGAGUGAGGACGGAAGAUCACCCAUCUCCAUCCGCCAGAUGGCCUAUGUGUCUGGGCUCUCCUUCGGUAUCAUCAGUGGUGUCUUCUCUGUUAUCAAUAUUUUGGCCGAUGCACUUGGGCCAGGUGUGGUUGGGAUCCAUGGAGACUCACCCUAUUACUUCCUGACCUCAGCCUUCCUGACAGCAGCCAUCAUCCUGCUGCAUACCUUUUGGGGAGUUGUCUUCUUCGAUGCCUGUGAGAAGAGACGGUACUGGGCUUUGGGCCUGGUGGUGGGGAGUCACCUACUGACAUCGGGACUGACAUUCCUGAACCCAUGGUAUGAGGCCAGUCUGCUGCCCAUCUACGCGGUCACUGUCUCCAUGGGACUCUGGGCCUUCAUCACAGCUGGAGGGUCCCUGCAAAGUAUCCAGCGCAGCCUCUCGUGCCGCCGGCAGGAGGACAGUCGGGUGAUGGUGUAUUCUGCCCUGCGCAUCCCACCCGAGGACUGAGGGAACCUGGGGGGGGACCCCUGGGCCUGGGGUGCCCUCUUGAUCUCCUCGCCCCGUAUUCCUCCAUCUCCAGUUCUGGACAGUGCAGGUUGCCAAGAAGGGGAUCUAGUUUAACCAUUAAGAUGAAACUGAUAGAGGCUCAAGGGUUGAAGGGCUCUGAGUUUCCCAGUAUCCUCUCCCCAGACUGGACAUCUUGAUCUUUUUCUCAGGUCUGAGGGGAACUAUUUUUGGUGUGAUAAAGACCCCAAACUGCCUUCUUUUAUUUUGGGGGGCAGGGGGGAGGGAGGCCUAUUGAAACUCUCCUCACCUCCUCGGGCUAUGUUUUCCUUCCUGAGAUUGCUCCUCUGGCUGGGCUUGUAUCCAUCCCCGUUUCCCAGGCCCUGGAGGGAAGGGAGUGCAUGUUUGGGGUUGAGAACUGGUAUUACUGGAACUAAUGGUUUUCACCUCCUUGACCACCAGCGCCCCUCCUUUCCCCAAGGUGAAGUGGAGGGUGCUGGGUGAACUGGCCUACUCCAGAGCCGCCAUGUAACUGCAAGAGUUGCUGCCAUGACAUCACAGGGAAGGAGGGCAGAUUUUUUUCUAGUUUUUAAUUGGGGUGGGCGAGGGGCGGAGGGAGGUUUUCUAUAAACUAUCAUUUUUCUGCUGAGGGUGGCGUGUGCCAUUCUUUUAAUCAAAGUGAUUGUGAUUUUGACUAAUAAAAAGGACUUUAUAA